AUGGCUUCAUCGAUCACAGCAACGAUUCUAAGAUAUGUAAUUUUAUGUCAUGCCCAAUACUUGUGUUGUUUCAACAACUUUGCUUUGAAUCUUUCAAAUGUCAAAGAAGAAUUGGAAUUGACUCGAGACAGAGUGAAGGAGCAAAUUAGAGAAGCCAUCAAUAAAGUUGAAAAAGUUGAGUCAACUGAUGUGAAGUGGCUGAAAGAUGUUAAAAAAGUCUUAGAAGAAGUGCAAGUGCUAGAAAAAAGAAUAAUGAGUGUGAACAAAAGCUAUUUCAGAAGGCAAUGUCAAUAUUCUCUUGCAAAAGAAAUAGAAAAAAAAACAAUUGAAAUGAUUGAUUUUAAUAGCGAGUAUACACAGUUUUCGAGGAUUACUAAACUUCUAGGCAUGGAGUACUUUUCUUCCAAUGAUUUCUCUAUGUUAAACCCUAUAAAAGCAUCUUACAAGAAGCUUCUAGAAGCAUUAAUGAAUAAAAGUGCUUCCAUAAUUGGAUUAGUUAGAUUAGGAGGCUCAGGGAAAACUACUUUGGCAAAAGAAGUGUGCAAAAAAGCUGAAGACAUGAAACUCUUUGAGAAAGUUGUCUUCGCAAGAGUGUCUCGACUUCCAAAUAUAAGAAGUAUCCAAGAUCAGAUUGCUGAUCAAUUGACUUUUGAGUUAAAGGAAGGAUCGGAAAUAGGUAGAGCACAAAGACUAUCAGAAAGAUUAAGGAAAGGUACAACUCUUGUAAUCUUGGAUGAUGUAUGGGAAAGACUGAACUUUGAAGCUUUAGGUAUUCCACUUGAUGAAAGUAGUAAGGCUUGUUGCGUAUUGAUAACUACUCGAAGUAAAGAAGUAUGCCCUUCUAUGAAAUGCCAAAGUAUAAUUGAACUUAAUCUUUUGACUCACGAGGAAGCUUGGACUUUGUUCAAACAUUAUGCAAACAUAAAUGAUGACUCCUCAGCAGCUUUGAAAGGUGUGGCAAGAAAAAUUGUAAUAAAAAUUGAUAAUGAAUGUAAGGGAUUUCCCAUUGCAAUUGUGACUCUGGGAAGCACGCUAAAGGAUAAAACUAUUGCAAAUUUUGAAUCAGCAUUAUCAAGACUAGAAAGUUCUAAGCCACUAGAUAUUCCAAAAGACUUAACAAGUCCUUAUGUUUGUCUUGAAUUAAGUUACAAUAAUUUGACAAACCAAUUAGCUCAAUCCUUAUUAUUGUUGUGUUCUAUGUUUCCAGAGGAUUGUGAAAUAAUUUUGGAAGAUUUGUUUCGAUUUGGAAGGGCAUUUGACACAAUUGGAACGUUUGAAACGAUGGGGAACGCAAGGAGAGAGAUGGAUGCAGCUAUUGACGUGCUCAAGAACUGUUUUUUGUUAAUGCAUGCAAAAGAAAAACUCAAGGUAAAAAUGGACAAUUUGGUUCGUGAUGUAGCGUUGUGGAUUGCGUUUAAAACUGGUAAAGCAAUUUUCACACGUACUAAAGUGGACCCAAGAGCUUUGGCAGAUGAUGAAACCCUGAAAGAUAUGAAAGCAAUAGCCAUAUGGGGUUUGAAAAGUUAUGAUGUUCUCAACUAUAAAAUAAAUUGUCCAAUACUUGAAAUUCUUGUGCUUUCUUUCAAUGUGAGUGGUGACGUAAAAGUAUUAGAUGGGUGUCUUCAAAGCUUGGAAAAACUUAAAACCUUAUCAAUCUUAAAUUUAGAUGAGUGGGAUAGAGGUAUUUUUCCUUUGCCAGAAUCAGUGAAGUCAUUGAAAAUUAUUCAAACACUGUGCUUGAGGGGUUAUGAUUUAGGUGACAUAUCUGUUGUGGAACAACUGCAAGCACUUGAGAUUCUUGACUUACGUGGUUGUUCUUUUGAUGAUUUGCCUGUUGGGAUUGUGGGAUUAAAAAAGUUGAAACUUUUGGAUUUGUACAAAUGUGUGAUUAAAAAAAAUACAAUUGUUGAAGCUUACAAAGUGUUAGGGAAAUGCUUGCAGAUAGAGGAAUUGUAUCUGUAUUUGAGCAAUUAUGUAAUGGACUUUCAACAUGAAGUCUCUUACUCAAAAUUACAGAGGCAUGCUAUAAUAAACACUGACUAUUAUUAUCAUGGUUAUGACUUUGAGGAUAAUACAAUUAUGAAAAAAUAUGCACAGUCUAGAAGUUUAUUAAUAGAGAGGGAGGGUUUAAACCUUGAUAUUACUACUCAAAAUCUUAUAUCAUUACCAAUCAAGGAUCUCUUUAUAAGAGCAGAGUACCUUUGUUUGAGAAACCUGAGAGGAGAUUAUAAAAAUAUAAUCCCAUCAAUGGAUCAACAAGGCAUGAAUCAGUUGAUUGCCCUAGUACUUGAACAUUGUUCAAAGAUAGAAUGUCUUAUUGAUAACACUAUAAAUACUAGCACCAGUGUUGAUUUUCGUCAAACUGAAGAUGUAUUCUCUACCCUUGUUUACUUAAGUUUGAGAGGUUUACAUAACCUUCAAGAAAUGUUUUGUGAUCCCUGUUAUCGAUGUUCUCUCCAAAAUUUAGAAGAGCUCUUGAUAGAAGAUUGUAGUAAAUUCAACAACAUAUCCUUUCCCAAGAGCUCAAACCUAUGCAAUCUCAAGAUCCUUUCAAUAUCUAAAUGUCCAGUGUUAACUUAUCUCUUCAUGCCAUCCAUUGUACAAACUCUAUCGUUGUUAGAGAUUCUAAAAAUAUCUUCCUGUAGUGCAUUGAGGCACAUAAUAGAAGAAGUGGAAGAAGAAAAUUAUGUACUUGCAAGCACUAAGAGACUCCAAAAAUUAAGGAUUCUUGAGAUUGAAGAUUGCAACAAUUUGGAAUAUAUUUUCACUAUGAUUUUGGUCCGAGGGCUAGUAAGUUUGGAAAGUGUGAGAAUUGCUAGCAACAUGAAAUUGAAGUAUGUAUUUGGCAGUGAAAAAGAACAUAAUCUUGCAAUGUAUCAAAGUUUCCGUCAACAAACUCUAAAUUUGCUCAAUUUGGGCACUCUAAAUUUGAUCAAAUUAACAAAUCUGAUAAACAUUUGGCCUGAAUAUUGUCAUCCACAUCUCUCAAAUCUUGAAAAGUUACAUUGCACUUAUUGUCCAGAACUGUCUGAUUUAUCUAAGGUGAUGACGGUUUCAGAUCUCGGCCAACUUACAACUUCAAUGAAGACUGAAAUACUAUGCCUGAUUACCAACAUAUUUCAACCUCAACUCAAAGCUUUCCUCAAAUGUAGAGAGCUUUGGUUGAGAGCUGUUAGAAUGAAAGGUAUCUUCCAAUUCCAAAUGGGAGAACAAAGGGGAACUACAGAACUCAUUCUCCUAAACUUGGAUAUAAAUUAUCUAAGAUUGGAGAAUCUACCUGAGCUGAACUUCAUAUGGAAGGGUCCCAUAGGUUUUCUAAACCUCCAAAAGCUUUAUGAUAUUCGUGUGGAUGGAUGUCCAAAAUUGAAAACCAUAUUCUCCACCACAGUUGUUACAAGCUUACCACGACUAACAUAUCUAAGUAUAAUUAAUUGUGAUGAAUUGGAACAAAUAUUUGAUUCAGAGUGCUCUAAGUUACAUAAAGCUUUUGGUUUUGAACAUGAACUUGAUGAUCGUGGUUUAAGAAUGGAUAAGGAUGGAAAACAAGUACUAUUACAGAACUUGAAAAGUACACAACUCAUAAAUUUGCCAAACUUCGAAGAGAUUCACCACGGAUUUAAGUUGAAAGAAGAUGUUGAACAAACAAUAAAGGAAUGUCCUAUGUAUUCUCCAAGUUUAUAUCUACAACCAGGUAAAAUUCAUGUCUUUUUUUCCAGACACAAUUACAAUGUCUUUGGAUUAUUAUGAUGUUGCUAAGUGAAAUAUUAUUUUGUUAAGAAGGUUUUGGUUAAACUGUGAUCGAUGAUGAAAUCCUG